AGAUAUUAACAAGAUCAUUUUUACCAUUCACAUUAACUCAAAAGCUCAGUAUUCUAAAUAAAAAAUAUAUAAAUCCGCAUCUCUUUUAAAAAAAAUAUUAUCAAUUGUGACAUCUGAAGAUCAAGAUCUUGCUGGAUCGCUAGGCCUAGUUUUUAAAUAAAUAGCAACAUCUUAUUGUAUGGAUUAUGUGUAUAUCAAGUUGAUGUUUAAAGUAUCAAGUUGGCUGUAGAUUAAAUGACAUUUGUAGUAUAUAUAUUUGAAGAAUCUAUUUUGCUGUCGAAAGUUUAUUUAUAUUUUACAAUGAAGGCUUCUGAUACCACUAGUAAAGCUAUUGAGCUGGUGACAAAAGCAACAGAGGAAGACAAAAAGAAGAACUAUGAAGAAGCUUUAAAAUGUUACGAACACGCUGUGGAGUACUUUUUACAUGCUAUUAAGUAUGAAGCAACUAGUGACAAAGCCAAAGAAAGCAUUAGAAGCAAGUGUGCACAAUACUUAGACAGAGCUGAGAAGCUCAAACAGUAUUUGAAGAAGAAAGAUAAGAAGAGUCCCAUGCUGGAUGGUGGAAACGCAAAGAAACCUGCUUCAGAUAAAUCUAGUGAUGAAGAAGAAGAUGGGAAAGAUCCAGACAAAAAAAAGUUUGAAGCUCAGUUGACAGGUGCCAUUGUGAUGGAAAGUCCUAAUGUCAGAUGGGAAGACAUAGCAGGAUUAGAAGUGGCUAAAGAAUCUUUAAAAGAAGCUGUUAUAUUACCUGUGAAAUUCCCACAUCUAUUUACUGGUAAACGGAAACCUUGGAAGGGCAUUCUUCUAUUUGGACCUCCAGGUACAGGUAAAUCUUACUUAGCGAAAGCUGUUGCCACUGAGGCAAAUAAUUCAAAAUUCUUCACAGUCUCAUCAGCAGACUUGGUUUCCAAAUGGUUGGGUGAAAGUGAAAAGUUGGUUAAAACAUUGUUUCAGCUAGCACGAGAACACAAGCCUUCUAUUAUAUUCAUAGAUGAAGUAGAUGCUUUGUGCGGAUCCAGAAGUGAGAAUGAGUCAGAAUCUGCCAGACGUAUCAAGACAGAAUUCCUUGUACAGAUGCAAGGUGUGGGUAAUGACACAGAUGGAAUUUUAGUGUUAGGGGCAACAAAUAUACCUUGGGCUCUGGAUUCUGCUAUUCGAAGAAGAUUUGAGAAAAGAAUUUACAUCCCUCUGCCUGAAGCCCCAGCCAGAGCAGAAAUGUUCAAGUUAAACUUAGGAACAACUCCACAUUCUUUAGUAGAUGAAGAUUUUAGAGAAUUGGCACAAAAAACAGAAGGUUAUUCUGGUGCUGAUAUCAGUAUAGUGGUAAGAGAUGCUCUCAUGAUGCCAGUCAGGAAAGUUCAAACAGCCACACACUUCAGAAAGGUCAAAGGGCCAUGCAGGAAUAACCCAGAUAAAAUUGUUGAUGACCUGUUAACACCUUGUUCUCCUGGUGCACCUGGUGCAAUUGAGAUGAACUGGAUGGAUGUCCCUGGUGACAAGUUGUUGGAGCCUAUUGUGUCUAAGGCUGACAUGUUGAUGGCUAUCAACAACUCUAAGCCUACUGUAAAUGCUGAUGACUUGAAGAAAUUGAAGAAGUUCACAGAUGACUUUGGCAUGGAAGGCUGAUGUUAAUCAACCUUUCUUCCCCCAUCCCACAUCCCCCUUGGUCUUGAACUGGAGUUCACUGUGAAUAUACAUUGACUUGUGCCACGUACACACACAAGCUGUCCCACUUGGGCCCUUGCAUUUUGUUUUGUGUGUGAUGUUUUUGUUUUUCUAUUUGAUCGACAUGUUUGUCUGGGAUGUGUGUAAAAGAUCCUGGUUCAUUUGCCAGGUGUAUUUAUUUUAUACUAAUUUUAUGACACUUGUUUUUUUUUUUUUUUUUCAAGUAAUCAUUUUAUCAUGUAUAGAUAUAGCCCAUAGAAUUUUGAAAAAGCUGAUUUAAUAGAUCAGGUUAUAGCUCAUUUGUUUGUUGCAUUCAUAUGUGAGUUUUGUUAACAUAUUAUUGCAAUGAAACUUGCUUGUGUCAGAUCUAUUUGUUGACAUCUUUAACCCAAAUGUCCUUAUAAUUAAAACAUUCUAAAAAUUUCCAUUUCACUUUUUGACACUCUUUUUUUCAUUAAACAAAAUGUAGGUUGAAAACUUUAUUGAGUGGGUAGUUAUAACAAAAAUCUCUUUUUAGUAAAACAACAACAUUUGUUGAGAGAUCCAUCUAACUGUGUGCUGUUUUAGAAUAUUUUUUAUUAACAUUUAGUAAUGUUGAACACAAAAAAAAACAAACAACAAACCAACAACUUUGUACAUAUUUGAAAUUUCAAAGGUUGAUAAUUACCAAAGUAACCCCCAAGCUUUUAGUACUCAGAAACAUCUGAGUAUGUUCAGACAGUGUGAAUUGAUAGAAAUAGUCGUGAAUUAGUUUAUAGAUAUGUUUACCUUUUUUGUCAAUCAUUUUUCAUUCAAAUAUAAAAGUUAAUUUAAAAAAAAAAGUCAUAUCCACAACUUUCAUUUUUGUAUUCUCAAUACAUAAAAUAUACACACUGUUAUUUCAAAUCAUUUGACAGAAAUGGGAAUAGGUGUUUUUUUGUGUUUUUUUUAAGUGUGUGAUGUGAAAUGUGUCCCUUGGGUGUGAGUAUUUAGUGACUGUGAUAGUAUAAAUGAUGAAUUCUUUGACAUAAUUUUUUUUUACAUUGAUGUCCUUGAAAUGGUAUUUAAUUCUUCAUUGAAAAGUAAUUUUCUUUUUAGGUAAUUGUAAAUAUAUAUUAUCAGUUCAGGUUAGGCUUUAUUGAAAUGACUACAUUUCUGUCAUGUCUUAUGUUAUUAAAGUACAACCAAAUGUACUCAGUAGAGGCUUUGUCUUCACAACUAAGUCAUGAACUACUGGGGCUAUUUUCUUUUAAGGGUUUUACUUUAUUCAAGUCUUAUAAAUUACAAGCAUAGCCUGAUAGUGACAGCUAGGCAAAGCUGAUGUGACAGUUUCCACCCUAUCACUACCAUAUUCAAUACUUCAAUCUUUUGAAAUAAUUUUCUAUCAAUUUAUACAUUAAAGCUAAAUAAUAUGAACUUUUGUAGUGUUAUUCUAAUGUUAAUGUGUAUGUGUAAACCUUGGAAAUAAAAGGUUCUUGUGAAGUAAUGUCUGUCACUGUAGAUCAUGAACUGAAAUCAAUAAUAAAUAACAUUUGGUGAGAGAUCCAUCUAA